AGGAGGGGUGGUGGGAUGUGGGGAGGAAUGUGGAGGUUUGGGAACUGGAGGAACUGGGGCUGAAGCAGCAGCAGCAGCAGCAGCAGCAGCAGCCACAGCACUUAGUGAUUGAUGCUACUCGGCAGGGGAAUAUUGCAAGGUUCAUCAACCACAGCUGUGACCCCAACCUGGUGAACUACUCAGUGGGUGCUUGUGGAGAGCAUGGACUGCAGCUCUCGUUUUUGCACCUCCCUGUGACCCCAACCUGCUGUGACCCCGACCUGGUGAACUACUCAGUGCUUGUACAGCCGGCUCUGCUCUUGGCACGGACUGCUGGCUCUACUCACUGUGACCCCAACCUGGUGAAUUACUCGGUGCUGGUGGAGAGCAUGGACUGCCAGCUGGCGCAUAUAGGCCUGUUUGCCGCCCGAGAUCGUUUUGCUUACUGGGGAUCGGAGGGGCUCCUUAUGGCGGAGAGCAGUGGCGCGUCCGACGAUGCGCUGCUGCGGGAGUUCUUCGCUGAGGUCGGCGCGGUGGAGAGGGAUAACGAAGUAAACAGGGUCCUGGCGUGUUUCAAGCUGAAUCCGUUCGAGCAGCUGAACUUGCCCUUUGACGCUAAAGUGGAGGACGUAAAAAAGCAGUACCGCAAGGUGUCUCUGAUGAUUCACCCGGACAAGUGCAAGCACCCUCAAGCACGAGAAGCAUUCGACGUGGUUGCCAAAGCACAGGAGAAGCUUCUGAGCUCAGACGAGUGGGGUUACCUCACAUCACAGUUUGCAGCUGCCAAAGAGGAUGUCCUGAGGGAACACAAGAGGAGGCUGAAGAAGGAGAGGCAAGGCAAGCCGGCCGCAGACGGGCUGUCUAAAACCGAGGAGGAGGCGGCCUUCCUGGCAUCAUCAGAGUUCAAGGAGCAGUGGCGGUUGAAGGCUCGUGAGCUGCUGACAGCGAACGAAUGGAGGCGAAGAAAGCUCUCAAAGCGGAUAAAGGAAGAGGAGGUGAAGAUUCAGCAGGAGGAGGAGGAGACAAAGGAGAAGACCCUCAAGGAGAGGGAGCACACACAGAAGUGGGAGGAGACCAGAGAGACGCGGGUGAGUAGUGCUGGCGUGCUGUAA